CGUUCACACGUGCGGUGUGACAUUGGGGUUAAACCAUAGACAUCGCAAUUCUUCCAAACGAGCGCUCAAUCCCGCCGCUUAUGGCCAACAGCCGCGACGAUCCGACCCGCACCCGAUAUUUCGUCUCAGAAUCGGCCCGAUUUUUCCCCAUUCCCCCUUCUGGAUAAGAAAAAGAAGAAACUCAUAGGUGGAAGUAAUUCUUGGAUCUCAAUUUUCAAAAGUAAAGAACCAAAAACUGAGUAUAUUCACACUUGGUGAGCAAUGGGCGAUACGAUAGACUUAACAGGGAAUGGAGGUGUUCUGAAGACGAUUGUAAAGCAUGCCAAAGCCGACGCUGAUGGUCCAACCGAUGACCUUCCUCUUGUUGAUGUACAUUAUGAAGGAACUCUAGCAGAAUCUGGCGUAGUAUUUGAUUCAACUCGCGAAGACAAUACUGUUUUCUCUUUUGAGCUUGGAAAAGGAUCCGUGAUCCAGGCAUGGGAAAUUGCCGUCAAGACAAUGAAGGUCGGAGAGGUUGCAAAAAUCACAUGCAAGCCAGAAUAUGCUUAUGGAGUUGCUGGUUCUCCACCGGACAUCCCACCAGAAGCAACUCUUAUCUUUGAGGUGGAAUUAGUGGCCUGCAAGCCCCGGAAAGGUUCAAGUCUAGGCAGCGUUUCUGAGGAAAGGGCUAGGCUGGAAGAGUUGAAAAGGCAAAGGGAGGCUACUGCUGCAUUGAAAGAAGAGGAGAAGAAAAAGAGAGAUGAAGCCAAAGCAGCGGCAGCUGCUCGGAUGCAAGCCAAGUUAGAGUCCAAAAAGGGCGGAAAGGGGAAGAGCAAAGCAAAAUAAUUUCAUGUUACAGUGUUAAAAGAUCAGUUAAACAAAAUAAAUGAGAUAGAAACUUUGGAGUCAUGGAUUUGUAAUACAUUUGAAUUUGCUAAAUACAUUUGAAUUUGCUGUAGCAAAUAGGAUGAUACAGUGAAAUUGAGUCACGUUGCUUAGUAUUUUCAUUGUAUUCUGGAUAUUAACUAAGCAUUUUGCUUGUAAUUUCACCGAUUAGCUGAGAAUAAAAAGACCCUUUUUUACCGCCA